AUCUAGACACGCCGAACUGACCUGCGACUGGGAGUAGCGUCGGACCACAAGCGGACGUUGGCAGACAGAGCGAACGACUGACGGAUGAUGGCCUCUGGUCUCGAUAGUGAGCGGUUGUAGAUAUCCGACAAGCUGGUGAGAACAGUAGCUUCAGGCGGAGAACGAUGGGACUUGUGAACGGCAGACUGCUAGGCUACUCAAAGAAGACGACACAAUUGGAGUCGCCGGCAAGGCUAGAGCUGGGGCAGCGCACGAAGAAUAACUCACAGAGGAAAAUGAAAGGAUAACAAAGAGUUUAAAGGGAGAUCAAAAGAAGAAUAACAAAAGAUGGCAUUUCUAAUGGAUGUUGCAGUAGGCAUUGUAACAGAAAUAGGAAAGUAUGUGUUUAAACCAAUUGGACAUCAACUUGGUUACGUUGUUUUCUACAACAGAAACAAGAAAGAGCUUGAAGAGCAACUUGAAAGUCUUGAGACAAUGAAAAGGAAUGUGGAUCAAAGGGUUGAAGAGGCAAGAAGCAAGGCAUAUACAAUCUCUGAGGAAGUCACAAAGUGGUUGAGCGAUGUGGAUAACGAAAAGGCAAAAUAUGAUGAACUAUCCAAUUCCAGCCCACAUUGCUUCAACAUUGUCCAACGACACCAUCUAAGUUGAAAGAGAAAGAAGAUGGUGAAUAAUAUCCUUGAACUCAUAAACAGAAGAAAGAACUUUGUGGAAGUUGGUUGUCCUGCACCUUUACCAGAUACUAAGAAUACAAUCCUUCCCGAAGGCUAUCAAGUUUUAGGAUCAAAGAAGUCAUUGGCGGAACAAAUUAAGGGUGCACUUGAAAAGCCCGAGGUCAAUAAGGUUGGGGUAUAUGGUAUGGGAGGUGUUGAAAAAACCUGUUUGCUCAACGAAGUUAAGAAAUUGGUGUUAGAAAACAAAUUAUUUGAUCGAGUGAUUGAUGUUGUUGUAGGCCAAUCUAAUGAUAUAAUGCAGAUGCAACAACAAAUUGGAGAUAUCCUGAAUAAAGAAAUGCCGAAGAGUAAGGAGGGAAGAGCAUCCUUUCUACGAAAUAUGUUGGUGGAAAUGAAAGGUAAUAUCCUCAUUGUAUUUGAUGAUUUGUGGAAGGAAUAUGAUCUUAUAAAAGAGGUUGGAAUUCCAUUAAGUAAAGAAGGAUGUAAGGUACUUAUCACAAGUCGAGAUGAAAAUAUUUUAACCAAUAACAUGAUCAAUGGAAAUGAUUGUUUUGAGGUGACUUGUCUGAACAAAAAAGUGUCUUGGACGUUUUUCAAAACAAUAAUUGAUUAUCAGUUUAAUACAGUUGAUAUGGAAAUUGUUGCAAAAGAGGUGGUAAGAGAAUGUGGAGGAUUACCACUUGCACUUGAUACCAUUGCAAAAGCAUUGAAAGAGAAACCAAUAGAUUGUUGGAAGGAUGCUUUAACUAAAUUGAAAAAUUCCAUUCCAAUGAAUAUUAAAGGUGUGACUGAUAAAGUCUAUGCUUCACUUAAAUUGAGUUAUGAUUAUUUGGAUGGAGAAGAAGCCAAGUUACUGUUUCUAAUUUGCAGUGUAUUUCCAGAUGAUUAUUACAUUUCUACCAAAGAUUUGCAAGUAUAUGCAAUGGGUAUGAGAUUGUUGAAAGGGAUAAAUACUUGGGGCGACGCAAGAAACAGUAUAAUUAAAUUGCUUGACCAUCUUACAUCUUCUUCUUUACUUCAACUCUAAAAGUACAUGUAUCCAAGGGAUGACAGAUAUGUUAAA